AGAGACUCUGACGGCUCUCCAAGCAGCUGCCUGAUCCCUCUCAAAAGCCGGCCUCCUCGCCCAGCGUUCCCUUCCACAGCCCCCACGAUGGCCAGGAACCACCAAGUGCAGAAAGCCAAGCUGGCCGAACAGGCCGAGCGUUACGAGGACAUGGCGGACUUCAUGAAGGCCGUGGUGGAAGAUGGAGCAGAGCUCUCAAACGAGGAACGCAACCUCCUCUCCGUCGCCUACAAGAAUGUGGUCGGCUGUCAGAGGUCCGCCUGGAGGGUCGUCUCCAGCAUCGAACACAAGACCGAGGAAGGAGACGACAAAACUCAGCUUGUCAGUGAAUACCGGGAGAAGAUUGAGAAGGAGCUGAAGGGUGUUUGCAACGUUGUCCUGGGUCUGCUGGAUAAGCAUCUCAUCCAGAAAGCCAGUGAUGCAGAGAGCAAGGUUUUCUACUUGAAGAUGAAAGGCGACUAUUUCCGCUACCUGGCCGAAGUUGCCACUGGCGAUGACCGCAAGCAGAUCAUUGACAACGCCCGGAAAGCCUACCAAGAAGCAAUGGACAUCAGCAAGAAGGAGAUGCAGCCCACAAACCCCAUCCGCUUGGGCCUGGCCCUCAACUUCUCGGUCUUCCACUAUGAGAUCGCCAACGCCCCAGAAGAAGCCAUCAAGCUGGCCAAGACCACCUUCGAUGAAGCCAUGGGGGACCUCCACACGCUCAGCGAAGACUCCUACAAAGACAGCACCCUCAUCAUGCAGCUUCUCAGAGACAACCUCACAUUAUGGACCGCAGAAUGCUCAGGAGAAGAAGGGGGAGAGGCUGCCGAAGAGCCCAAGAACUGAACUUUUUAGAUCGCAGAACGACGGUAACUCCCCGUCUCAAUCUCUCUCUUUUUUCCUCCCUUUCCCAAGCCACCCUAUUUUUAUAAGAUGUGUCCCCAGCUCCUGAAAGUUCCGGCUGGGAUUUAGACAGCAAAAAAGGGACUGAUUCAUAUGCACGGGACUCGAACGUUUAUCCGACCCUCCUCGCGUGGCAGCUUUGGGGUUACCUCUGUCCCCCCUUGGCCCCUGUUCUUCUUGGUGUGUGACCCCUACUGCAGCCUGGAGCGCCUUGCUUUGUAUAAACUCUUGGGUCUGGUGCAGCACUCGGUUAACACAAGGCUCGUCCUGACUUGUCACAGAGGACUGAGAUAUAUAUUAUAUAGAUAUAGAUAUAUUGUUUCAGUGUUUAACUGUUUACAAAAAUUAAAACAUAACCAACAACCUGAGAAGCUAGAUGUCGUUUGGCAUGGCAACGGUACCAAAAUAGGAGCUGAGCCGAGUUAAAACAAGAGCGGUCACCUUUGGUUCCAAUUCUGCAGGGUUUUCUCACCCUUAGCAUCCUGUUGUUGUAAGAAGAUGGCGGUGGUGGGUACUUUGUGGGGCGGCUGGGGUGGGCAGCUCUUCUGAGUGGGUUAAGAAUAGCAAUCUCACGAGGGCCUCUUUGUUACUGUGUUACUGAGUUGGUUUGCUGCCGUAUUCUUUCCCAAUAAAAGUUCCCUUCUACGCCUGCC